AUGGCGACGAAAGGGAGUGGAAGUGGAGGAACAAAUACGCCUACAGCAGUGAGAGUAGUACCGGAGAUAGACAAGAUGAGCGUUGAACAGCUCAAAGCCCUCAAAGAGCAAGCCGAUCUCGAAGUCAAUCUCUUACAAGACAGCCUCAACAACAUCCGUACAGCCACCGCUCGUCUCGAGAUCGCUUCCAAUGCCCUCCACGACCUCUCUCUUCGCCCCCAAGGGAAGAAAAUGCUAGUGCCUCUAACGGCGUCGCUUUAUGUUUCCGGCACGUUAGACGAUGCCGAUAAAGUCCUUGUCGAUGUCGGCACGGGAUAUUUCAUUGAGGAAUGUUAA